AUGUCAAAUGAACAUAGAGAUAUUGAAGGAUGGCUAGCAUCAAAGCUCGAAGAGCCAUGGUCAAGUGAAAGACUAUCAUCUUUGUUAUCAAAAGAUAUAUUACAAUUAUUUUUUGUAAAAUUUACAAAGAUCGAUACAUUAAUAAGAAUUAAAGUAUUAUUUUCAUUUUUAUUUUUAAAGAAAAAACAAUUUCAAGAGUUGGAACAAAAUAUAGUUAUGUUAUUGCAAAUAGCUCAAGAAGAGGAGGAUGAGUGGCUCCAGGUUAUGGGACAACUAUUAAGAAAAAUAAAUGAAGAAAAGAUUUCACUCACAGUAGAUUUACAACCUUUCACAGCAAACAUAAAAAGAUUAAAUCAACUUUUAGAAGAAAAGGGUUCGCCCAAUUUUUAUCCUUUAGAGAAUUUGUAUUUAAAUAAGAGUCUAAUUCCUGUACCGACUGAAUCCUUAGUUGUUCAUAAUCAUUUUAAAUUAAAAAAGCAAACUUCUGAAUUACUAGUAUUCACAAAGAAAUCAAGCAAUCAAACUUUAUCAACACCCUCACUAUCAGCUUCAAAAUCUAGUAUUCAAACCCCAACUUUGAAUGCAUCAACCAAUAGUUUAAAUCAACCAAACCAAUCAAAUCACCUUGAUGACAAUACAAAUAUACAUCCAUUCGCUACAAAUAUACCAUCUAUGGCCUCAAUAAAUGAAGAUGAUACUAUUAACUCUAAUAUUGGAUUGGAAAGCCCAACUUUAAAAAACGAAAGAAUAAGAUUGAAUUCAAGUGGUUUAAAUACUCCAACAUUGAGAAGAUCAAAUUUAUUUAUUCCAAAAUCUCAUCAUGGUCAAGAUAGCAACCUAUCUUCAUUGUCAUCAAUUUCCUCCCCACCCUCUAUGUUAAAUAAUGGUGGACACCAUCAUAUGUUAUCCUCGAGUGGCGGUGGUGAAAAGAAAUUUGGUGCUCAAAAGAAAACUAAAAUGGCAUUUAUUGAUUUAGAUCAAUCAAGCACAACAGGCUCAACAACAACAACAACUGCCACAACAACAACAACAACAACAACAACAACAACUGCCACAACAACAACAACAACAACAACAACAAACCCAGCAAAAACAACAACAAAUUCAACAAACUCAUCACAAUACAAACCAAUCACAUUCACAACAACAAAAACCACCCCCACAAUAUCAAUAUCAACAACAUACAUCCCCGUCACAUCCAUCACAACAGCAAAACCAACAAUAUGA